GGGAGAUAAGAAAGUUAUUUGUAAUAAAUUUGUUCAAGAGAGUGCUGUAACAUGUUUGAUAUGGCCACCAGAACAACCUAUUAUAUAUGGUCUAGCUAAUGGAAAGGUUCGUGCAGCUAAUACAAGAACUAAUAAAUCUUCUUCUCUAUAUGGUACUGAAUCAUAUGUUGUUUCAUUAGCUGCAAAUCCCUCUGGUAAAGGAUUUUUAUCAGGUCAUGCUGAUGGUUCUAUUAUUAGAUUUUUCUUUGAUGAUGAAGGUACAGGUGACAGUCAGGGCAAGUUGUGCACUCACCCCUGUCCACCGUAUGCUUUAGCAUUCUCCCAGAAUGCAAUAGUAGCAGGAGGCUGUGAUAAGAGAAUAAUAGCGUAUGGUCGAGAUGGUCGUAGUUUUCAACAUUUUGACUACAGUCGAGAUGAUGAAGAACAUGAGUUUACUGUUGCUGCUUGUAGUCCAAGUGGACAAUCUGUUGUAUUUGGAAGCUAUGACAGAAUCCAAGCAUUGAAUUGGAGUCCAAGAAGACAAAUGUGGGAUGAACCUCAGAUCAAAGAGAUUCCUUAUAUGUAUACCAUAUCUGCAUUGGCCUGGAAGAAAGAUGGAUCAAGAAUUGCUGCUGGAACAUUAUGUGGUGGUGUAGAAUUAUUUGAUUGUUGUUUGAAGAAAACUAUCUAUAAAAACAGAUUUGAAAUAACUCAUGUUGGACUCAGUCAGGUUAUAGUUAAGAACUUGAAGAGUAAUGCUAAAGUUGUUUUAAAGUCCCACUAUGGAUAUGAAAUAGAUGAAGUAAGAAUAUUAGGUAAAGAUAGAUAUCUUGUGGCCCAUACGUCUGAUACACUGUUGUUAGGAGACCAACAAUCUGGCAAACUCAGUGAAAUACCAUGGCAGUCUAGUGGUGGUAAUGAAAAAUUCUAUUUUGAUAAUGAAAGUGUAUGUAUGAUAUUUAACAAUGGAGAACUAGCUCUAGUACAAUAUGGUGAAAAUGAAAUACUGGGCUGUGUUAGAACAGAAUUUAUGAAUCCACAUCUUAUAAGUUACCAGUAUUGUAUAUGGCCGUGGAUAUUCGCCACCCGGGUGGCGAAUAGUCCACGUCCAUUAAUUUGA